AUGGCGGCCACCAUGAAGAAGGCGGCUACAGAAGAUGUCAAUGUUACUUUUGAAGAUCAACAAAAGGUAAACAAAUUUGCACGGAAUACAAGUAGAAUCACAGAGCUGAAGGAAGAAACAGAAGUAAAAAAGAAACAACUCCAGAAUUUAGAAGAUGCUUAUGAGGAUAUCGUGCUUGCAGACGACGACUGCUUAAUGAUACCUUAUCAGAUUGGCGAUGUUUUCAUUAGCCAUUCUCAAGAAGAAACACAAGAAAUGUUAGAAGAAGCAAAGAAAAAUUUGCAAGAAGAAACUGAUGCCUUAGAAUCCAGAGUGGAAUCAAUUCAGCGGGUGUUAGCAGAUUUGAAAGUUCAGUUAUAUGCAAAAUUUGGGAGUAACAUAAACCUUGAAGCUGAUGAAAGUUAAACAUUUUA